UAAAUAUAUAAGAAAUCGAUGACGUUUUACUUUCAACAUUUCCAUCAAAGGUAGAAAUUUGUUAUUGAAAGGUAACUUCAAUGUACGAGAGUUAAUAAGUUUGAGACUUUGAACUACAUUAACAUACCGUCAUUCGUAAUUCAAUAUUAAAAGUGUUGUAACGUGAUAUUUGACAUUCGUUGGCGAAGAUUCUCGGUAAAAAUGGCUGAUAAAACAAAUAAAUCUCAAAAACCCAAGGAACCAUCAUUUGUAGUGAAGGCGUACCUAUUAGCAUAUAACUUUGGCCAAGUUUUUGGUUGGUCAUUCAUGUUGUAUCAGCUCUUCAAUUAUUAUUUAACUGAUUUACGUAAAACAACGACUUUGUGGGAGUAUAUUGGAACGACCGUAGUUAUUUUCCAAAAUGCUGCAAUUCUUGAAAUUGUGCACGCAGCCACGAAAAUUGUGCGAACCAACGUUGUUUUGACCACUUUUCAAGUUUUGUCAAGGGUUAUGCUAGUUUGUGGAGUUUUACUAGCAACACCAAAUGCCAUAUACUCACCCGGACUUCCACUCGCAUUGCUCGCUUGGUCAAUCACUGAAAUCAUACGAUAUAGUUUUUACGGAUUUAAUUUGCUUAACAUUGUUCCCAGCUUUUUGACUUUCUUACGGUACACUACAUUUAUCGUCCUCUACCCGACUGGCGUUACUGGCGAAUUGUUAUGUCUAUUUUGGGCACAACGAUAUGCUCAUAAAAACAAAAUCUGGAGCAUUGAACUACCGAAUAGUUACAACUUUACAUUCUCCUAUUUCUAUUUUCUUUGGAUUGUGAUGCUUCUGUACAUUCCAUUGUUCCCGCAAUUGUAUUUACACAUGUUUUCUUUGCGCAGAAAGGUAUUGGGAUCGGGUGGUGCAAGUGCGCAAAACUCAAAAGUAAAAUCAAAAUGAGCAACAAAGUUAAAUGUUGUGAGCACAAUUGUGUAUGGAAUUACACAAAUUUGGUGUAUUUAUGGUAGUUAUUCAAUUGACUAAACGAUAUUAUUCGAGCAUUUGGUUGACAUAUUAUGUAAGAUUUUCUUUUCAACUUAUAGAAUACACAUGUUAAAUUUCAAAAGAAAAUGUAUUGGGCUGGGAUUGAAAAAAAUAUUUACGGUAUAUA